AUGUAUGCUUGGAGAAAGCACAAAGGAAAUACCCAACCAGUUUGGGAGCAAUUACCAGUUCCAGAGACACCUUCUGAUGGACUUUUGAUCAAAUUACUGGCCUCAGGCGUAUGUCACAGUGAUCAACCUUUGCUAGAGAUUGAGGACCGCCCAAACUUCAACGAGAAGUAUAUUCUCGGCCAUGAAGGGUGCGGUGAAAUCAUUCAGAUUGGAGAAAAGGUCAAGGAUCCCCGAUUUCAACUGGGUAAUCGAGUUGCUCUUCUAGCGGUUCCAGGCUGUGGGCAAGAUACCUGUACAGAAUGUUCGCGUGAUCUAGCCCAGCUAUGCUCUCAUGGUACACACCAUGGCAUUGGACAGGAUGGGUUUUUUGCAGAAUACGUAGCAGUGAAUGUCCGCGCGGCAAUCCCUCUUCCAGAUGGAAUUCCUCCGGGAGUGGCAGCAGUUGCAACUGAUGCAGUUACUACAGCUUACCAUGGAAUUGUCCGCCGAGCUGAGGUCAAGAAGCAUGAGAUAGCUUUUCUUUUCGGUCUCGGAGGCCUCGGUUUCAACGCUUUGCAGGUCGUGCGGUCCAUCGGUGCCCGAGUCAUUGUGUCUGAUUUGCGGCAGGAGAAACUAGAUGCCGCGUUGGAGCUAGGUAUCCCAGCAACAGAUAUUGUCCCACUUGGGAAGUCAGUGCAGGAUUUCAUCCAGGAAAAUGACCUGCAAGGAAAGAUAGAUACUGUUUUGGAGUUCGUGGGAAAGCAUCAAACGUUCCAAGAUGCACAACAUAUUGUUCGCCCUGGUGGCAAAAUACUUUGUGUGGGGACACUGGAUCGCAAGAAUGAGCUUGACAUGAAGAUUGGAAUUCGGAAGCGACUCAGCAUCAUUUUCACCUAUGGAGGUCAAUAUCAAGAUAUUGUGGAGGUACUGGACCUCAUCGCAAGAAAGGUAAUUCAGCCUCAAGUAGAGAUGGGUAGAUUGCAAGAUUUUCCUGAGGUCUUGAAAGACCUAGGAGAUGGCAAGAUUAAAGACCGAGUGGCUUUGGUUUUUGACACAUGUACUUAA